UUAGUUUUGUUAAGACGACAGUACAUUUUGCAAUACUAGGAUAUUAAAACAUCGAUCGGUUGCUGUUUUUGGUCUAGAAAGAUGGGUGGAGUUGAGGUUGGUGCAAAGGAUUUUGGUUCAGGCCAGAAGAGAAGUGGGGUGAGCCGUGGCGUGGCUGUGCUGGACUUCAUCCUCAGACUUGUCGCAAUCGUUGCAACCUUAGCUAGCGCGAUUGCCAUGGGGACAACCAACGAAUCGCUCCCUUUUUUCACUCAGUUCAUUCGAUUCAGGGCCAAGUACAACGAUCUCCCCACUUUCACAUUCUUUGUGGUGGCGAAUUCCAUUGUAAGCGCGUACUUAGUUCUUUCUCUAGCAUUCUCCAUCUUCCACAUCAUAAGGAGUGGUGGUGGACAAAAGAGCAGAGUGGUCUUAAUCUUCUUUGACACGGGAAUGCUGGCGUUGUUGACCGCGGGGGCUUCAGCAGCGGCGGCGAUCGUCUACUUGGCGCACAAGGGCAACACCAGGACCAACUGGUUUGCCAUUUGCCAACAGUACAAUUCCUUCUGUGAGCGAAUUUCUGGAUCGUUGAUUGGAUCAUUUGGAGGGAUAAUAGUCUUGAUACUGUUGAUUUUGAUCUCCGCUGCAACUCUCUCCCGCCGUUGAUUCACUCUUGUCAAGGGAGACCGCGUGCAUGUGAUUGUAUCUCUUGGUGAUUGUUGGUUUGUGUUUGUAUUCGUGUCCUUUUUUCUUUUUUUCUUUUUUUUUUUUUUGAGAAUUUAUCAAUGUGUUCGAGUGUAAUGUAAUGGGUGCGAUUAAGUAUAGUCAUGUCGAAUACUGAAUUGAAAUUUAAAGACGUGUUUGAAUGCUGA